CGCAUAUCGGGAAGGGGCGUUUGAUCCCGCCUCGCCCCACGGACUCUGGAUGCUGCUUUGGGCCGUGGUCGUAUGCGUGGCUCUGUGUCCAACACUGAGCGCAGCUCAGACAUGCCAGCUCUCAACGCAGGUGACCAAGGCGCCAGGGACGCUCCGCGACCGAAGUCCGCAGAGCGGCAACUACGCCGACGGUGUCGACUGCCACUGGCAGAUCAAGACACCGACGACGAGCACGAUCGUGAGCCUCACCUUUUCGCUCCUCAACUUGAACGCGUGGCAGUCGUCCGACAACGACGUGGUGCUCGUGAACCUCGGGCUCAACGCCCCCAAGCCGACGGGGUGGGAGCUCUACACUCGCAAGAGCGCGCUCGCGGGUACCGACAAUAUCGGAAUGUACGACUAUGCGUCGUCGACAACGCCGUCCGUCGAUACAUGCGCGGCUCAGCAAAGCGGGCACUUUGACCCGUCGAUUUGCAACGUCGUCGACGGCUCGCUCCUCAAAGACACGGCUCGCAACGGGUCGUGGUACUAUUUCAUUGGGUCGAGCGACGCAGCCAUGAGUAUGCAGUCGACGGCCCAAGAUGUCUAUGUCAUCUACCGUUCGUUUCUCAAAGACAAUGGCGCGACAUCGCCGCAGUCAUCCGUCUACGGGUUCACCGCCAGCUAUGGCUUUGGUACCUCGAUUUUUCUGAAAAAUAGCGUCCAAAUUAUUUGAAAAUGGCUCACAUCGUUUCUAGUGAGUGCCUAUUGCAGUGGCCUCGUCGUGCUAGCACCGACACUCUCGGUCGCGUCGGGCGCCAACGCCACUUCAAUGCAGAGCUUUCGAGACAACAUGCUUGGCCAAAACAUACAAAACAUGGUGUGUUCGUGGCGUAUCCAGCCGACGCGCGUCGACGGCGCCACGACAACGUCGUUCGAUGCGAUCUGGCUCACGUUUGCUUCGUUCCAGCUCGGACCCAAUGCAGUGGUGACCGUGUACGACGGCCCGGACACGAGCUCACCGGUCCUUGUGCAAGCACGCGGGGGCCAAGGUAGCCUUGCAACCACGUCGUUCAGCAACAACCAAGGGGUUAUGUUUGUAACCUAUGCGUCCAACAAUGCGCCGUCAACCCCAGGUUUCACCAUCAACUGGCAGGCGGCCUACUGCCCCAAAGGCUGCUCGGGGGCCCACGGCAGUUGUGUGGGCGGCGCGUGCAUUUGCGUGCAUGGCUGGGCCGGUGCUGCGUGUGACAUUCCCCAAGGCUGGCUCUGCGAGAGCACCCACUACAACACGACUGACGGCUGCGACUGUGGUUGCGGUCUCUAUGAUCCCGACUGUGGCGCGCUGGCCAACUCGGUGGUCGCGUGUCAGAGCGCACCGAGCUUGACCAAUACGGCCUUCAACGCGUCCCAAGGACGGCUGCCCACGGGCACAUGCAUUUAUUGCCCCCUGCCGCUUUCGAUACCAGAGCAAGUGAUGCUUCCGCAAACGAGCUGGAAUACGACCGACGGGUCCUUGGACGAAACGUGUCCGAGUGUGCACCAGUGCGGCGUCGGGGCGCAGUGCGAUGCCGGUGGCAGCUGCGUGCGCGUGGCGCCAACCGCCUCCAUCGUCCUUGAGAAACAAUGCGACGUCUCGAGCGACUGCCCCGGGUCGACACUCUGUCUCAACCACAUCUGCACCUCGGACCUCGCUGACUUUGGACUCGUCUUUGCUGACGCGUCGCUCGUCGCGUCUCGCUGCCAACUGGUUGGACUCAACACGACGACCGGUGUCACGAUCGAAGCUACGGUCCGAAUUGCUUCUCGGAACGCAACCGACGUGCUUUUGAGCUACCCUGGGCUUGCGCUCGGGACGUCGUCGGGGUUGACGGUCUCGAUCACGACCGAGACGUGGCCAACGACCAUUGCCAUCGACACGGGCCGGUGGUACUCGGUGGCUGUGACGUGGCAGGCAUCUGACGCGACCACGUCACUAUACUUUGUCAAUGCGACCGCCAACACGAGUACGCUCAUGGCGACGACGCAGUUGCUGAAUCAAGGCGUCUCGUUGCUGCCGCUUCAAACACUCUUGGUCGGUGGUUUUCAUGGUGCUAUGAGCUAUCUGCGGCUAUGGAACACCGUGCGCGACCCCGCGACACUCUUUCAGCCGACGCUGGCGGCCGAUCGCGCGGCCCUAGUUGCCGAGUACCGUUUUUUGGACGGGUCGGCGCGCGACCUCUCAAUAUACCAAAACGACCUCAGUCUAGCGAUGACUGGCAUCAACCCGCUGCAUCCAUCGCAGUCGUUUGCGUUCGCCUUUGGCGCGAGUCCGGCAGGCAGCAACCCGUGCACGGAGCUGCCCGUGGUGCUGGCGGAUGGUUUUCCCGCCAACUCGGCACUGCUUGUCUCGGCCGUGCCAACCGGCAACAAUUGGAGCGUCGGUUUCUACACGGCGAGCGAUACCGCCAUUCUUGAAGUCAGCGCGGUCUCGGCGGCUCAAGUGGAGAUUGCAGUCGAUGGCACCGUGGUGACGACGCUCGCGGCGCCCCAGAUCCUCGACCCCACGGCCACCCUCGCGCUUCGGUUUCAACGCAUUGCGACGUUGACCAUGCAGGUGUGCAUCGCCGAUGUUUACUGCGCGACGGUCGCGCUGCCUCCCGCGAGAGUCUUUGCUUCGUUUGCACUGGCAGAUGCGUCCGACUUUGCGUCUUUGUGCGUCUCGACCGCGUCGACCCUCGCCGCGCUCGCAGCCAAGGCGGUGCUGACAACCACGACCACGGCGGGCGGCACUUGCAGCUUUCCUAUGGUCGCGACGCAGCGCGACUGCGCGCUCUUUGCAACCUAUGUCGCCGGGACGCCGUACCGGAGCAAUGACGUCCUCUUGGCUGCUCGCAUUUACGCCUACGCAAACUUGGAUCAGAGUACCCAGCCGUGUACAUGUAGCGUCAUGCCAACGUGGGUCGUCCAACACGCGAUUCUGCAAGUCGACUCGGCGGCCCAUACGUUUCUGACGCGCAUCACGUACACGACCAUCAAGACCAAAACGACGCCCGAUGCGACAACAGUCUCGUGUGGCAACAACUGCUACAUUUACGACCCAGCGACGCCAUGGCCGGCCCCCCCAGGCCAGCCGCCGCAACUACCGUCGUCGGCACAAGGCACAGCCGCCAAGCAGUACCCAGUGGCGCGUGGCUUUACCGUGUCUUUCAACAGUGCGACGAAUGCUUGGAGCGUCGUCAACGUAACGCUGGCGGGCGAUGUCCCAACCGCCCAAUGCCUUGUCACGGGCCCGGACGCUGGCACCGUGCUUGUGAGCUACACUGCCUUGGCGUGCCUGACGCUGGGUGCAUCGACGCUUGACGCAACGACGUCGACGCCGUGGUGUCUCGUCAACGGGCAGCAGCACACGUGCAUGAGCGAGAGCAACCCGUGUGGCCUGGUAUCGGGCACCGCCACGCGCAACAGCACGUCCGGAAGCAUCAGCGACGGCUACGAGACGACAGCGACGUCCGGCGUGCACACGUGCCGGUACACGAUUGCCCCCGAUGUGCCCUUGGCGCUACGGCCGUACACGCGCAUUCUGCUCACGGUGCAACAGCUACAGCUAUCUGCCAAUGACGCGGUUUUGGUGACCGACACCGCCAACAACAUUGCGCUUACCUCGACGUUGAGCGGGGCCGUCGACUGGGCUACAUUGGCAAGCAUUGUCGCCAACACGAGUAGCGUCAUGGUCGAGUACGACAGCGUCGGCGACAAGAGCGGCACCGCCUACGACGGCUUUUUCAUCGAGUACGACGCGUUCUACACCUUUCCAAAUGCGGCGACGACCCAUUUCUGUCACGCGCCGAGCCAGACGCUGUUGCUGAAUGCAGCGACGAUGGUCUUUCCUACGACCAAUCUCUCGAGUGCGACGAGCGGCAUCAACCAGACGCAGUGCAGCUAUGUGUUUGCUGCACCGACGCCGGUGUCGUCGCUGUGGCUCUCGUUUCUGGAGAUCAACCUCACCGACGCCAACGGCGGUGCCGGCGACUAUAUUACGCUCUACGAUGUCGCACCGACGCCGACACUGCUCGCCAACGUCUCUGCAAUGUCGUUUGUCCAGCCCAACUAUGCACUGGUUCUGAGUGGCGUCGCCGACUACAGCAUCUCGACCUCGCCGCUCCCGGCGCUCCCGACAACCAUUGUUUUUUGGCUCUACGCCGCGUCGACCAUCAAGGCCGACUGCACAGUUGCCGCCAACUGCGUCAACGCCGUGCCAAAGAAAAUGAAAGUCAUGGCAUCGGCUAGCAGUACGCCGCUCGCUGCGUACUUCACGGUGCAGCUGGCCGUCGACACGGGGUACCUCUCGCUUGUCGUUAGCGACGUCGAGUUUACGGCAACGACGACCAGCGUUCUUGUCGAUACGUGGCUGCACGUGGCGUUCGUGCACCAGCCGAGCCAGAACGAUGUAUUUGCCUACAUUGACGGCGUCCGACAGGUCGUGGCGCGGACGGGCGCCGUCAACGACACGCUAACGACGCCGAUGGAUGCGCUCUUUACUGUCGGCGGGGACAGCGCGCUACCCGACACCGACAAUAUCUUUUUCGCGGGUAGUGUGCGGCAACUCCGGCUCUACAACAGCUCCAAGACCAUGCUCACCCUACAGCGCAUGCGAACCAGUGCCUGCGACAUCACGGACGCGUCCCUGCUCUUGUGCUACGAGUACGGCGCGCCCAAUAUAACCAUGGUGAUGGACGCAAGCCGCUUUGGCAUCCACAGUCAACUGCAUGGCGGGGCGUCUGGAAGCGCGACGUACUCGUCCAUGCUGCCUUUUACAGUGUUUACGUCGUCGUCGUCGCAACUCGAGCUGCGCUACGUGCCGUCGUCUGCCCACUCGACGACGACCUUUCGGGUGCUCGUUCAGGGCAUGACGUGCCCAUCGUCGUGCAACAAUGGCACGUGCGUCCGGGGCGCCUGUGUUUGUGCACCGGGGUACACGGGGGCGCAGUGCGAAUCCAAGACGAAUCCGUGCUUGGCCCGCGUGCUGCUUCCGAGUCGGCGCGGGGUCGUGGCGUUCCCGCCACCGCAAGUGCCGAGUGCUAUGGUCCCAGCGCGACCUCGAUUGGGGUACCCCCCGUUGCAGUGUGCGUGGCACUUUGCAAAGACCAACGCGAUCGUCGUUUUUGAGGUCGUCUCGGCCGACGUCGAGACAACGGACACCGUGACCAUAUACGACGGCGCCGCGUCCAGUGCAGUGUACUACGACGGCACGUCCAACCACAACCUCUCGGCAGCAACGGCCGUCGACCGCGCUCUCUUUUUGCAGCAGUCGACGACCACGAUGUACCAAGUCGAAAUCUUUCAACACGUGGCAACGUAUGACGCGACGGUCGCCUUGCGGCGGACAACAUCAAUCGACAGUUGUCACCCGACGUACGACAUUGUGCGCUACCGGCGCGGACAGACGUGCGUCGACGCCAGUGUCUACGGACUCCCCCAGCCCUCAGCCAUCUCGCUCGCGACCGCUUAUUGGUGGACCAAGUCGCGCCAAGCUUACCAAACGCACUUGACCGUCGGUCAGAUGUACUUUAACGCGUUUGACAACACUACGGCCAACACCACGAUCGAGUACACGAUCACGAGCCUCGACAAUGCGACGGUGGUCGCGUCGCCGUACCCGACGUCGGUGCGAUUCGCCAAGCGAACGGAGACCUUUAUGCGGUGCAUGGACGGUGCGGACGUGGGUUUGGACGUGGCCGCGUCCAUCAUUGCCGGUGCGUGGCCGUCGCGACUCGGUCGGACUAGCAUUGCAUCGGUCGUCGCAUCCUACGCCGAUGUGGUCGCGCCGAUGCUCUCGUACGUUGGAAACUGGACGUAUGCGCUGCAGGGGCUCGUACGCCUCGACUUUGCGACGACCAGCGCGCGCCUUCAGUCGAGAGCCUUUACGCUGCUCAUCAACGCCAGUGUCGUGCUCACCAACAGCGAGCAGUACUUGGUGGCGCAAGAAAACUGCAAUCUCGGAUCGCUGGUGCUCAAGGUCACGGCCGCGGCCCAAAGCCGAGGGCAGUGGGUCUUUGGCGCCUACGGCAUAAACGCGGUGGCUUCCAUGAGUCCUACCGUCUUCUCGGGGGAUACCGUGAGUCUUGCCGUCACGUACGAGGCCGGCGUCGUCACGUACUUUCUCAACGGCGUGCGCUACGGCGCGUACGACACGAACACGGCGUAUCGCAACUGCUUGGCCACACGUGCCAAGCUCCUUGCGCAAACAGGCAGCCCCUUACUGUGCGUCGCACCCAUCACCGGAUUUGCGGAUGCUAGUCGCUUGACGCUCGGCGCCCGCCUCGUUGCCCAGCAACUUCUCAACAAUUGGCGUGGCGCGAUCUACAGUGUCCACAUCUUUUCGAGCGUCCUGCCGGACGCGGUCGUUGCGUCUUUGUAUACUGGUGUCACCGCGCUCGGCGCCUUUCAACCGCAAAUGACGUAUAUCAAUGCUGUCGACGGUGCCUCCAAUGGCUCGGUCAGUAGCUCUACACGAGCAACUUUGAGCGCCAUUGAAGUACUCUCCGUGCCAGUCGGCGCGACAACUGUCACGUCAACGGUUGUCCGGCAGUGGACGCUCCGUCGACUCGGGUGUGCGACGCCACCGGCCGAUUACGGGCUCAAUGCGACUGUGCUCGCAUCGCUGAUCGGCACGGCCAACGUCGUCUUUAACGCCUUUGACGCGACGUCUGCGAUCGUGUCGUGGGACAUGUUCCAGCAACAGGCCACGCUGACGCGCACGAGAGUAUAUGCCUUUGGACUCAACGAUUCAACCAUCGUACAACAGCUCACGGCGUACAGCGCGAGCGCCGAGCCGAGACCCUAUCGUAUCAGCACGCUUUGGGUCAAUACCGUGAGCAACAGCAGUGCUGUAGUCACAUUUCAAUUCCCAAAUGCUCUCGGGACGCUUAUCACUGCGGCCACCGAGCUCCCGUAUACAAACGCAUCGUGGACGACGCCGACGACGGUCGUUCGAGUGGUACCUCCAGCGUUUGCCGAGGUAACAGACACUGCGUGUGCGCCUCAGGGCCCACCCAUCAAGUCCCCAAGCGGUGUUCUUGCCACCGGGCAGCUCGUCGAAACGCAACUUGCGGCGGGCAACACCCAGUGCCGCUGGGUACUGCAACCCACGGGCGUUGACACGGUCACCGUUGUCUUUGAGUUUCUUCAUGUCGUCUGCGCCGAAGGCUCGCUAACGUUGUCCGCACCGUCGCGACCAACGCAAAACGUCUGUGGCUUGGGCGCCGGCACCCGUGUGACGCUGCCAGGGCCUGUGACCAUCACGUACGCGACAGCACCGGUCGUGACGCUUUCAACGGGGUUCUACGCGACGUAUACCUUUGCGAGUCUUGCAGCCAGCAUCAAUGCGACGCUAGCACCGAGUAGCUACUCGCCAUGGGCGGUGCAGUCGACGUCGCGUCCGGGCAUUGCGCAGUGCCAACUCGACGACUCGACCGAGUCGGCGGCGCAGCCGUGGCAGGUGGUGCACAGUACGCUUGACGCCGCGUUCAACUACACGUGCUACAACUAUACGUGGUUGCCGCCUGAUUAUGCAUGGAUCGUGUCGGCGUUUGGCGAUACAGAUGGUGUCACCGACUGCAGUACGUGGACAGCCGAUGAAAGCGCGCCGUGGACGGCCUAUGCCACGACAACGGUCAACGCCACGGCGCUGUACUCGGCCCCGGCGACAAAAGCUUCGGCGUCGUCUCUCCGCUUUACAUCGGGGAGCUCGCGCCUCUUUUCGACGUCGAUGGGGCAAGGCGAAGUCGCUCUCGCCUCGACGACCGGUGGGCGCGGCAGCUUGGAGAUCCGGUACUACCUCCCGCGCGUCUACUAUGUCGCUCCAGCAAGCUACCAAGCUGCGGCCAGCGGCAUGGGUCUGGGUACGCGCGAGUCGCCGUACACGUACACGUUUGCCUACUUGUUUGCCAAUAUAUUGGCGGACGGCGACCUCCUGCGGGCAUUUCCCGGUCGCUACGAAGGCUCGGGCUACUGCAAUCUCGUGAUUACAAAAAGCUUCCACAUCGAGUCGCUCAGCGGCAGCGCGUAUACGGUCGUGUCGUGCGGGUCGUCGACGCGGGGGUGGCAGUUGCAGCAUACCUCGGGGCUCACGGUCGUGCGCGGUCUCACGUUUACCAAAUGCUUGACGACGGUGGCGCCGCUGCUCGGGUCGGCGCUGUACAUUGCGGGUCGCACGACCGUGGACCAGUGCCGGUUCACGCAAAACGCGUUUCUUGGCCAAGGCACGGUCGCCGUCGUCGCGCCCAGUACCGCCACCCUCACCUCGUGUGUCUUUGACGCCAACGUGGCCAACUACGGCAGCGCCGUCGCGAUUCUCUCGGCCAUCGCUACAAUUAUCGACUGCUCGUUUGUCGAUAAUAACGCGACGUCGAGCGGGGCAGUGUUGAUCUCGACCUAUACCGUCGGUGCGGUCGCACUGGUCAACCCGUCCGUGGUUACGAUGGUCGGUGGUACCUUUACUCGCAACCGCGGUCUCCUCGUCACCGAGAGCGCUCUCUCCAUCGUACUGAAAAGCAUCGUGACCAUCAACGACACGCGUUUCGUCGACAAUUUCGGCGCCGCCGUUGCCGUCAAUAGCGCCAGUCUCUACAUCUUCAACGCAACAUUUCGUGGCAAUCAAGGCAGCGGUCUCCGACUCUCGUCGGCGGUCGCGACGGUUGUCAACGCAAGUUUUUUCGACAACACGGGGGCACCGACCGGCGGUGCGAUUUUAGCUCAGGCGUCGCGUCUCAACUGCAGUGCAAGCACCUUUGAACGCAAUCAAGCGACGACGUUUGGCGGCGCCAUCUACCUCACAACGACCAACUACACGGGCAGCUCCAAUGCGUACGUCAACAACAGCGUGCCCAUGCAAUCUGUUGCGACCAAAGGGCUCGGGGGUGCCAUGUAUGUGAUCAACUGCUUUGACAACAGCCUCACACCUGUUGUGCUUAUUGCCAAUGCCACGUUUGCAGGCAACGCAGCAACGUCCGGCGCGGCUGUUCACAUCACGCAAAGCUACGUGUCCGUCGCCCGCAAUCGCUUUACUACCAACCUUGCGUCCAAGAGCGGUGGCAGCGUCCGUGUGACGAUGACGGUGGCGCAAGACUCUGAGGUUGUCGUCCUUCUUCAAGACAAUGUACACAGCAACAACAGCGCCAAGAUCGGCGCCAGCGUGUAUCUCGACAGCUCGGACCACGUUCGCGUCGAACGCGAUGUGUUUCGAGAUGGGUUUGCUCAGCAGUAUGGCGGCGCGCUGGCCGCUUCUGGGGCUACCGAUGUGGUCCUCGAGUCGGUCUUUUUUCAGCAGUGCGUCGCAGGCGUCGGCGGCGGCGCUAUCUACGUGGAAGGCUCGUCCGCCGUGAGCAUGCAACACACCGUAUUUGAUAGCUGUGCGUCGCUCACGGAUGGCGGCAGUCUCUACGUGACGUCGAGCGUUCUCACGCUAGCAUCUGGACGCAUCAGCAAUACGUCGGCGGUCGGCUCGGGGGGCGCCAUCGUGCUUAUGAACCGAGACACCACUGCCACGAUCUCCAACACGUCGAUUCGUGGGGCCUCGGCUGCGAAAGGCGGCGCCUUGUACGUUAUCGACUGUAGUCUUCCCCUUGGCGCGGUCACCAACCUCUCCAUUAUCGAUGCGUCCGCCUCGCUUCUCGGCGGCGGCAUGUAUCUCGUGCUGGCCAACGUGGUGGCUACCUAUUUGCAAGCGACCCGGACGUCUGCCGGCAGUGGCGGCUUGGUCGCGAGCCAAGACUCGGUGCUGCAGUUGCACAAUGCGACCAUCGACGCGGCGUCGGCCUCGUCCAACGGCGGCGCGUUCUACAGCAUUCUUUCAACGCUCGCGCUAUUCGGUUGCGACGUACGAGGGCACUCGGCGGGCGCCUACGGCGGCGCGCUCUACUCCUUUGCCAGUGUCGUCGCGGUCAGGUCCAGUGUCAUUGACAAUUGCACUGCUGCGUCGGGUGGCGGCGCCUACGUGGCGUCGUCGUCCGUCACGAUGACCGAGUGUACCAUCUCCAACAACCGCGCAGCGACCGGCGGCGGCUUCUGUGCGGACGUCUCCAACGUGACGACGACGACGUCGACGUGGGUGGCCAACCGCGCGACGGGCACCGGCGGUGCCAUUUAUUUUAGCUCCAAUGCCUUUGCCGCGGUGAACUCUCUUUUUGUACAAAAUGUCGCCGUUCAAGGCGGUGCAAUCGCGCUUGUCGAACCCACAAAUGCAACGGCCCACGGAUGCAACUUUACCGCCAAUGCCGCCACCGCGAGCAGCAGUGCGCUCGCGUCACAAGGCGGCGCCAUCUACCUUAUUGACGCCCAAGGACCCAUUACGUUGACCGACACAACGUUCCUUCGCAACGCGGCGCGUGUCAUGGGGGGCGCACUGUACAUGACGUCCGCCGCAACGUCAAGUACCUAUCCCGUUGGCCUUACAACAACCGUGUUCACCUCCAAUGAGGCGGCAGUGGGCGGUGCACUCUACGCCAGCAACAUCAACCUCGCCCUUGCCGCGACCACGCACGCCAACAACGAAGCGACCAAUGGCGGCGGCGGUGCGAUCUUUUGGCUGACGCUCGAGCCCUCGGGCAUUUCAUCCCAGACCUAUAUCGGCAACAGUGCCUCGUACGGCGCCAACUAUGCGUCCAGCGCGUCCGGACUGCUUCCGCAGUACACGCCAUUGGGUUCAGCGACCGCAACCGAGACGGGCGAGGCCAGCGGGGCAAACUUUGUAGGCACAAUGCUCGUGUCGAUCGUCGACAAGUACCUUCAGACGGUCACCACCGAUAGCAGCUCGAGUGUCGUCAUCACGGCGUUGACGACGAACGCGCUUGUCGUUGGCAGCGGCAAAGCGACGGCGGUUGCGGGCGUUUGCGACUUUGCCACUUCGGGCGUCCAAGCCACCCCCGGGCACGACGUCUCUUUUGCGUUCACUUCGCCGGGGCUCACGGCCUUUCGUAACGUGACCAUGCAUGUGCGCGCGUGUCGUCGGGGCGAAGUCACGCCGUCCGGCGUCAAUGAGUGUGUACAAUGUCCCUUUGGCCAAUUCAGCUGGAACACGUCCGAGACGACCUGCCACAAAUGCCCGACUGGCGCCAUCUGCGGCGGCGGCGACGCCAUCCUGGCAAUAGCCGGCUACUGGCGCUUUCCCAACUCGACUGGCAUUUGCACGAGUGGCUACGAUGACUGCGCACUCAUCGAGUGCCUUACAAGUGCCUGCAACGGCGUCGUGGCAGGUGCGGAUACGGCCAUGAUCAACGUCAAUGGCCCCAACGAGACAAGCAUCCUUGUGCUCCCGGCGGGCACGUCCGACUAUGAAUUUGGCGAUACUUUGCUUCUGAGCACCUUCACGUUUCCGGUUCUAGUCGUCGGAACAAAAGCCACGGACGACAACAUGCAACUGUAUGUGACGGGGUCGGGCACGCUCACCCACGGCAGUACCGUGACGCUCUAUCGUGUCGCCAACGAAACGUGUGCCGAUGGCUACUCGGGGCACCUCUGCAACCAGUGCGCCGACGGCUACACCCGCAGCGGCAAAUCGUCGUGCAUUAGCUGCCCGAACAACUUGACGUUGACCCUGCUCGUGCUUGUGGGGGGCAUCGUCGCUUGCGUCGUCCUUUCGGUUGGACUUAUCUUUAUGACCAUGCGCAAGUCGAAUGCGCGCGCGGAUACGUACUCGAUUCUGAGCAAGAUCUUCACUUCGUAUCUCCAGCUCGUGAGUUUGGCCGGGUCGUUUGAACUGAAAUGGCCGUCGCAAGUGGUCUCGAUGUUCAACGUUCAGUCGGCCGUCUCGAAUCCGACUGCGCAGCUCAUCUCGAUCGAGUGUGCCAUGGGGUACUACCGCGUGAGCUCGCACUUGCCGACGUACUUUGAGCAGCUCAUCUUGUACCUCUGCCUCCCUAUCCUCUGCAUUCUGGCGCCGCUGGCCUUUUGGCAAUUCGUAUAUUUCCGGAAGCAGCGGACGCUUCGCAAAACCGCGUGGCUACCACCCGUGCUCGCGAUCCUCGACGUCCACCCGGACCCGAUCGUGGACGCAGACACGUUGCCCCUCGUGCUCGCCGCGGUCAAAGCGCGUCCGUCACCAACGUGCCUUCUCAAUUUGCACGAGCGCCUCGCGCUGCCGCAACCACUGAGCAUGGUCAAGGCCGCCUACAUCGCCGCGUUGCGACAGGAGAUCCACGACAAGACCGUCGUGUCGGUGAUUGUGCUCAUGUUCCUCGUGCAUCCGGGCGUGACCAAGGUCAUUUUCGAGCUCUUCACGUGCACGCAGCUCGGCGUCGACAGCGACGGGGAUGCUCGCUUUUUCAUGGAUCCGGAUCUGGACGUGGCGUGCUACGACAGCAGUCACUACCGGUGGAUGCUCUUUGUGGGCGUGCCAAGUCUAAUUGUCUAUACGCUCGGCAUCCCUGCGUAUGCACUGUACACGCUGCACAAGCACCGAGACACGCUAGAGGACCCGCGCACCAAACUCCAGCUCGGGUUUCUCUUUGACGGGUACAAGACCCAGUACUACUACUGGGAAAUCUGGGUCAUGAUGCGCAAGGUGCUCGUGAGCGCCGUCUCGGUGUUUUUAAAAAACUGGGGCACGCCGUCCCAAUCACUGGGCGCGACAGGUCUUACGUUUCUCGCGCUCUACUUGCACAUGGACCGGUCACCGUACGAAGCCGCCGUGAUCAACAACCUCGAAGAAAUGUCGCUUCUCACGUGUCUCUUUACGCUCUACUGCGGUUUGUAUCUCUUCCAGUCGGUCGUCACAGGCUGGUUGCGCAUUUUUCUUGGCGUGAUUGUUGUCGUCGUGAAUUGUCUCUUCUUAAUCAAGUUUGGCCGCCUCAUGAGUGUCGAAAUCAAGCGCAAGGCGGUGCACCACUUUCAAAAGGUCGCUCAUGCGACCAAAGUUAUCAAGCAAGUCUUGGGUCCCCGGCCAUCCCUCGUUGCGGACAAGACGCCACCAUGACGGAGACCUCAUCGCGCGGCAAGGUGAUGACAAUAAUGUCGAGUGAGCAAAAAGUCGUGGUGGUUCUUGCAACGUCUGAGUGUCUUGCGACGCGGCAAAAGCACAGUUCGACCUAUCUGCUCCAGUUUAUC